AUGUACUCUGAAAGUAAAAGUGUAGAAGCAGGAAGAGAACCAGAAUCAAACGUUUUCCAGUAUAUUUGCACUAUUUGUGUUUCGUUCGCUGUAGCAGGUGGUGGAACAUUUGUGGUUUGGACCUCGUCAGCAUUUGUCUAUUACGAAAGUUCUGAAUCGGAAAUUUCCGUGACAAAAUUUCAAGCAUCUUGGAUAUAUUCGAUAUUUUUUCUUGGAGUGAUUGCCGGUUGUUUGGUGGUGCCAUUCAUGAUAGAUCGUUUAGGUCGUAAAAAGUUGUACCUACUCUUUAGUUUAUUUCAAGUAAUUGGAUGGAUCUUGAUUAUAUUUGCUCGUGACUACAUUAUCAUUUGUUUGGGAAGAGUUUGCCAUGGACUCGCCGAAUGUGCACUGUUUGACUUUAUCUCCGUUUACAUAGCUGAAAUUGCAGAAAAGAGGAUUAGAGGUAAACUUGGAACAAUGCUGAAGGUAGCGGCGUUCACGGGGAUAUUUUAUGCCGGGUGUCUUGGUGCUUUCGUAUCCUAUCAGACGAUGAACCUUAUGUGCCUUCUAAUGCCACUAAUGUUCUUAUCUACUUUUCCGUUUAUGCCGGAGUCACCCUAUUUUUGUCUGAUGGAGGGAAGGGAUGAGGAGGCUGGGAAAAUUCUCAUGAAAUUGAGAGGAGUGAAAAAUAUCCAAUCUGUUGAUUUUUAUAUUCAAAGUAUGAAAAUAGCGAUAGUGGAGAGUAAGGAAAGGGGUAAUUCGUUCUUUGAUAUGUUUGCAUCGAAGAGCAAUUGGAAAUGUUUGUUGAUAUUGUUUUUGGCAAAAGGGACGAAAAUGCUGUCGGGUAAUUCAGCAAUGGCUGGUUAUACCCAAAAUAUUUUGAGUGCUUCCGGUUUUGAGUUGGAUCCGAAAUUUUGCGCUGUGAUAAUCUAUGGAUUUUUGUUACUGGCCUCUGUGAUUGCGGUCACUUUUAUUGACAAAGUGAACAGACGAACUCUCUUUCUAUCAACUGGAAUCAUUUGCACCGGUGCUUUAACAAUCAUUGGUUUUUAUUUUUACCUUAAAGAUGAAACAACCGUUAAUGUUUCAUCAUUCUCUUGGAUAACGAUGUCAGGAAUUAUUCUCUACUACUUUUCCUACUGUUCGGGAAUUGGGCCCAUAUCCUACAUAAUUGCGGGAGAACUCUUCCCCAUUAAUGUCAAAGGAUUUGCCGUUAAUUUGGGAAUUAUUAUGGAAAAUUUGUGCGGUUUUAUCAUUGGAAUUGGAUUCAAUGCUGUGAAUAUUUUGGUUGGACAUGAUGGGACUUUUGCCAUAUUCGCAUUAUUUUGUAUUCUUGGUUCGAUUGGUAUUUUUUUUACAAUGCCCGAAACUCGUGGGCGAUCACUUGAAGAAAUACAAACUGAACUCGAACGCAAUGGAAAGAAAUAAAUGCGGAUUCGAAGAAAAAAAAAGAGGCUUUUUCAAUUCUUCUAUACGCGAGGGUGGGAAAUAAUGUGGAGGUUAAAUGUAGCGAGUGGUAGAUAAUAAACAAUAAUACACGUCCGAAAUAAAUAACUGCCGCAUCGAGAGAAAAGAUAUCGCAGGAAAUAAAAGUUUUGUCCCCGCGAUUCCGCGAAUCAUUCAUCAUUUCGUGCGGUCGUUGUAUAUAAAACUGUUUGAAAACUUACACCAAAAUCAAUAGUCCGCAAAAGAAAAUUCUUUUCAUGGAUUUUAAAAUUCUUAUAUUAUCAUCUGUUGUGUUUAUAAUAAUUUACAAUUUACGAUAAGAAAAAUCGAUUUAUUAUUAAUUAUUCAAUUAUCAUUGGACUUAUCAUCUCAGAGAAUCAAAUGAUAUCUUUAAUUAUAAGAUAAGUGCGUGCAAAUUUUUCGAAUUCUUUGAAACUUGGAUUUAAUUCAUAUCGAUUUAAAGAUACUUGACCUUUUUCUUCAAAAUGGAGAGGGAAAAUUUAUGCCUAACGGUUAAUGUGUACUUAAAUUGAGAGUUUGUGUAAAACAUCUGUGCGGUCCUUGAUCUGUCAACCGGCU